CGGUCACAUCCUGAUACGUCAGAAGUUAGAGUUUGCGGAUGCUGCUGUCCUGAACCGGUUGAGAGGGAAUAUAGCCUAUAUCACAAGCACCCAGCAGCUUUUCAAAUUAUUUAGAAAAUAAUCAAACAUUCAUUAAAAAUGGCUCAAAGUAUGGAACCGUCCUCAAAUUCCAGUGCGAACGGAGAUUUCCAAAAGCGGGGAAAGGUUGCCCUGGUUACGGGUAUCACUGGGCAGGAUGGUUCCUACCUGGCGGAGUUCCUGGUGGAGAAAGGUUACGAGGUCCACGGGAUCCUCCGCCGAUCGAGUUCCUUCAACACCGGCCGUAUCGAACACCUGUACGGGAAUCCUCAGACCCACACCGAAGGCAACAUGAAGCUCCACUACGGAGACCUGACGGACAGCACGUGCCUGGUGAAGAUCAUCAACGAGGUCAAGCCCACCGAGGUCUACAACCUGGGAGCUCAGAGCCACGUCAAGGUAAGGAAAAAAAAAAAAACUACAAUUCCCACGACCCCUUUCAACUCCCCCUCUCGGAGCCUCUCCCGCUGCUGCGACUACCUGCAAGGCGACAGCACUAAGGCAGAGCAGAAGUUGGGCUGGAAAACCAAGGUUUCUUUCGAGGAGCUGGUGAAAGAGAUGAUGGAAUCGGACAUCAAGCUCAUGAAAAACAAUCCGAACGCAUAAUGUUCAUCCAAAGAAGGAAUUUUGCUGCUCCACACUCCAGCCCAUCAGCCAGUGGAUAUCGUCUCUGCGGUGGAGAGUUUUAACCAGAAUUUAUAGUUUCUGUCCCAAAUGGAUUGAUUUAGCCUUCUUUUCUGUCAUUUGUCGUUUUUGCGCCAACGGUGGAUAAAGAUCAUUCGAUGCCUUUUUGUCAUUCCUUGUUUCUGUUUCUGUUAUCUUCUUGUUAUGUUUAAGGUGAUUAGAGGGAUACCUCUUUUUCGUAGCCUGUGCUAUAAAAUAUAGAAUGUUAAGGGUGUAUUUAUAUUUGUUUUUCCACUGAUCAUUGCCUAGUCAUGACGCAUUUUUCACUUUGGAUAAAUGCAGUCAAAAUAUGUGUUGGGUUAUUUUAUCACAUGAUUUUCUAUGUGAUCAAUUAUUUGAAGGUGUAUUUGCAUAUAAGAUAUUUAAAAUGUAAAUCUGAAGGUUUUGGUAUUAAAAAUCCUAUUAAUUGUU